CUCUGGCCCACCCGAUCUCACUUUUCCUUUUCGCUUCUCUUAUACAAGCACCACCUCCACCGACAUGCGCACUGCCAUCAUCUUUGCGACGAUCAUGGCUGCGACCACCAACGCCAACGCCAAGCUCACGCCCGCCGAGCGCAAGGAGCUCACGGCCGACUUGAAGCAGUGGCAGACCCUCUUUGGCGACUCUGCGCAACGCAACGGCUUCGUUCCCGAAGGUCUCAGCCUCGACACGCCCAACGACGAGCUCCUCGUCCGCAUGAAGGCCGCCAAGCAGCGCGUGCCCGAGCUCGCCAAGGAGAACCCGGACGCCUCCUUCACCCACCUCUCGCCGCUCGCGCUCCUCACCAAGGACGAGUUCAAGCACUACGUCAUGAAGUCGUUCAAGCGCGGCAAGCGCGCGCUCCGAGCCGACAAGGUCGACUGGGCCAGCGUCGGCGCCGCGUCGGCCUCUGGCAACGUGGACUGGACCAAGGACUCCAAGUGCGUCAACCCCGUCAAGAACCAGGGCAACUGCGGGUCGUGCUGGGCCUUCUCGGCAACGGGCACUGUCGAGUCGGCGCACUGCAUUGCGACUGGGACGCUCCUCGACCUAUCGGACCAGCAGACCACGAGCUGCGCCAAGAACGGCAACAUGGGCUGCGACGGCGGCCUCGAAGACCGCGCCAUCACGUGGAUCCACGACAACGGCGGCAUCUGUCUCUCCAAGGACUACCCGUACACGUCCGGCAAAUCCGGCCAAACCGGCUCGUGCAAGUCGUCGUGCACCAAGCAGAAGCUCGCGAUUGGCGCGACUGUCAACAUCAAGGGCGAGGGACCGCUCGAGACGGCGCUCAAGACGCAGCCGGUGGCUGUUGCCGUCGAGGCUGGCAACGACGUGUGGCAGUACUACAAGGGCGGCGUGGUGUCGCAGUGCCCGGGCGCGCAGUCGGACCACGCCGUGAUUGCGGUCGGGUACGGCUCGGAGAACGGCAAGGACUUUUUCAAGAUCCGCAACUCGUGGGGUGCCAACUGGGGCGAGAAGGGCUACAUCAAGCUCCAGCGCGGUGUCGGUGGCAAGGGCAUGUGCAACGUGGCCGAAGAGCCGGCGUACCCCAAGAUCACGGCGGGCCCGACGAGCAAGCCGACCGAGUACCCCACCGAUGCUCCGUCGGAUGAGCCCACCGAUGAGCCUUCGGAUGAACCGUCGGACGAGCCUUCGGAUGAACCGUCCGACGAGCCUUCGGAUGAACCGUCCGACGAGCCUUCGGAUGAACCGUCCGACGAGCCCACUGACGAACCGUCUGAUGAGCCCACGGAUGAACCGUCGGAUGAACCAUCCGACGAGCCCUCUGACGAACCGUCUGACGAGCCCACCGACGAGCCCUCUGAUUACCCGUCGGACGAGCCUUCGGACGAGCCUUCGGAUGAGCCCUCUGACGAGCCUUCAGAUGAACCGUCUGAUGAACCGUCUGAUGAGCCUUCGGAUGAGCCGUCUGAUGAACCGUCUGACGAACCUUCGGACGAGCCUUCCGAUGAGCCUUCAGAUGAGCCGACGGACGAACCCACCGAGUACCCGACUGAAGAACCGACCGAGGAGCCGACGCCUGCUCCCUGCCGCACGACGCGUCGCCCGCACCACCCGCACCACCCGCACCACACGCACCGCCCGACCCCGACUGGCAACGGCAUUGGCGCUGAGCUCCCGCGCUACGGCUAAAUUGUCGAGCGAUUGUG